AUCCAACAAAACCUAGCAGGAUGAACAAUGAAAAUAUGAUUUAAUUCAGUGUAAUAAGGUUAGACCUGCUGUUUUUAGUUUGUGUCGGUGUCGUAUCUCCCUGAGAGACAGCACCCAGGGCAACAAAAACACUCAGCGUCCUUUGACCCGGAAAUAAAAUCUUGGCGAACGAGCAACUGGGUACCAUUCAUUAAGUGGGUGCACAUUUUUGGAUAAUUCAUCGAAACAAGAAAAAUAAUCAAGUACUGGUAGAACAUUAUAACAGCAAUGUUUUACCAUAUUUCAUUGGAGCAUGAGAUCUUGCUCCAUCCGAGGUAUUUUGGUCCUAACCUCCUCAACACUGUGAAGCAAAAGCUUUUCACAGAAGUGGAGGGUACCUGCACUGGCAAGUAUGGUUUUGUCAUCGCAGUCACCACCAUUGACAACAUUGGGGCAGGUGUAAUCCAGCCAGGGAGAGGGUUUGUCCUCUACCCAGUCAAGUACAAGGCCAUUGUAUUCCGCCCAUUCAAAGGAGAAGUGGUGGAUGCCGUGGUCACUCAGGUCAACAAGGUGGGACUGUUCACAGAAAUUGGGCCCAUGUCUUGCUUCAUCUCUCGCCAUUCCAUCCCCUCAGAAAUGGAGUUUGACCCCAACUCUAAUCCUCCCUGUUAUAAGACAGUUGAUGAGGACAUUGUAAUACAGCAAGAUGAUGAGAUCCGGCUGAAGAUUGUGGGAACAAGAGUGGACAAGAAUGACAUUUUCGCCAUUGGGUCUCUCAUGGAUGAUUACCUGGGUCUUGUGAGCUGAUUUGCCCCAGGAGGAACACAUUUCAUACAGGAUAUAGUCAUGUAGUAGUCUAGUUAAGCUUUUGUUAAAAUUGAUAUUUUUGUAAGGGUAAAACAAAAUGUAGCAAACACAAUGCUUGCUAAAUUGACAGCAAGAUGACAUAUGAUAUAGUAGCCCAUAUUGUUACUUUACAGUUUGUAUAAGUCAUAAUAUCCAUCUCCCUAACCCUACAUAUUGUUAUUGUUUUCUGUUUGUUUUGUACUGGACUGUAAUAAAGUAUUUUCAUUUGGUAUUAUA